GGCUGUUGACGGCUCGUCACACACGGUAGCUGGAGGCGGCGUGACUGUCGGUGCUGCUCGUGGUCGGUCCCGGCGAAAGCUUUUUAUAUCUCUUGUCGAACAGCGUGUCAUGUCAGCUUAAACCUCGCUACUACAUUCGCAACGGCUGGAUGAGUGGGCCAACGUUCACCUCCCCACCCGCAGAGGUGGCUGAGAUCAACCGAAUUCAUUAUGAGCUGGAAUACACAGAGGGCAUCAGCCAGCGCAUGCGAAUCCCCGAGACCCUCAAGGUGUCCUCGGAGAGAGACCAAGCAGGAUCCAUGCCACUUCAGGACCCUCUGCUUCCUCACACCACUCUGAUGCAGGUUCCUGAACGCAUCGUUGUUGCAGGUGAAGACGGAGACCCUCGCUUCACUCGUCCCAGAGACUUGGAUUUGAUCCAGUCCAUUCCUCCGGUGGAUCUCCUGGCCAUGAAGGCCCCGCCGCGGGUCCUCACCCUGACAGAGCAGCCGCUGGACUCCCUGGAAACCGAGCAAACUGCCAACACACAGAACAAUCCCAGUCAAAUGGGCGCCUUUCCCGCUCGCUCCCGGAGGGAACGCAGUGCCAGCGAGCACAUCUCUGGCCGUCACAGCAGCCAGGUCAACAGAGGCGAUAUCAGUGUCUCUCCCUCCCCUUCUGCCCCUCCCGUCCGCCUGUGUCCCCCGCUCUGCUCCCCCGAGGACGCCAACAUCAACCUGUACACCGCCGCCGGGUUCCUGUCUUACAUCCAGUCUACGACGCGCCGUGCGUACCAGCAGGUCCUGGAACUCCUGGAUGACAGCCACCGCAGGACACACCUGGACCUGUCUCUGGACAUGAACGUUGAUGAGUCUGGAUUGGUCGACGCCUCCUCACUGCGACGGCAGAUUGUGAAGCUGAACCGUCGCCUGCAGCUGCUGGAAGAAGAGAACAAAGAGCGCGCGAAGCGAGAGAUGUUCCUGUAUUCUGCCACAGUGGCGUUCUGGCUGGUCAACACCUGGAUCUGGUUUCGUCGCUGAAUAGGAUCAAGACCACGUUUCCCAAAACACUUGAACCUAAAGCGAGUCCUUGUUAAAGGUGUAAUCAGUAAUUGUUGUUGAUCAUAAAAGUCUGCAUCGGCCUCUGGGAAAUCUUUAGUCAAAACACUCCAUGUUCCUACUGCCGGUUCAGUGAAGACAUCCAGUUUGAGAGUUCCAUACCUGCAGGCCAAGCCCACAGCAACAGCGCUCAGUUUAGGAAUAAAGUUAAUGAAAAUCCAGUGAAUCGUUCUUGUUUCUCACUCCUGUGAUGCUGUGACUCAGGAGUGUCAAACUAAUUUUUCGUUCACAUUCUAUUAAUAUCGAGCUUAUUAAUAUCAGUUUCAAAAUUUCUCAUUGUUUCCGUGCAAACAAGAACGAAGCUGAGAAAAUAUUUGCAUUCAUGGCACUUUAUCGAUAACCCAUAUUACAAAUUUAUUAAAUAAAAUAAAAUGUUAAAAAAAGCUAGCGUGCCUUCUCUGAAAAAUUUUACUGCAGUUGUGGACAAAUUGGGACCAACAGUUCCUCUUGUUAAAAAGUAUUGGUAGUUGUGACUCUUUGCAGUGCCGUAGUGUGGCAGGAUGGGAACGACGCUCCUGUCUCAGCUGGAUGUUUUCUACUUGGUUUAUUUUGUUACAUCAACAAGCCUAUUAGAUCAAAAUACCUUCCAUUCAGUCUGUCAUCUUAACUUUCUCUCCUUGGCAGAUAUUGCUUCCAUAUAUAUAUUUUUUUCAUUAAAAGAAGCAUUUUACUGAGCAUACACAAUGUUAAUGUAUUACCUGGCAACAAUUGGCUGAGAUUAUUCACCCUAACUCAUAUUGUGGGUCUUGUAACCAAAGAGCUAAUUAGAAUAUUACUGAUUUCAUCUUUUAGGUCUUAUCAAUUCUCAUGUUGCACUGAUUUUUUCCCUUUAUUUGUCUGGAAAAGCUACAUAAAAUACUCUGUUUAGGUAAACAAGGAUGGCCUUCAGGGACAGAUGUUUUGGGAAUGCAGACCAAGCUUGGAGUCGUUUCGACAGGACCAAAUCUCUGACCUGACGUGUUUUUGUUUGUUGAGGUUCAUCAGUCUGGUCAUAAACUAUCAUUCUUAAAGUGUCAAACUAUGAUAACUAUAAAUGCCAUAACCUCAUCCUUUGGGAUGCAUCUUGUGUUGUCCUUUACCCGGAGCACUUGUUCCAUGAACUGGAUCAACAUGGAAAAACAUUUUGUGUUUAAUGGUAUUUUUGUACGUCUAAAAGGUCCAUUGUUCUGGGAUUUCCCUAAAAGCAUAAUGAAGUGGUCACACUGUAGUACUGGUAGGGGAUGAAAGGCUGUUCAAAGCAUGGACUACAUGUUUUCAUACAUCUUACUCUAAAGGCUGAAGCCAAUGUGUGUCCAACUGUGUGUGAUAGAUGAAAUAUUAAUGCCAUUAUUUUUUUUUGAACAAUGAAGAAGAAGUAUGUAUAUCAUGCAGUGGCUGUUUCCUCUGUUUGGCAGUGUUCCCACACGACCACUUGAAGGAAGCUGGAGUUUUAGGUUACUUUGUAAUAUAUCAUGUCAUUCAUUGUAAAUAGUUCUGCUGUAAUAAACUGUGCUCAUUUCUCCAGAA